CAGCGGAGCCGCGCCUUGGGUUAUGCAAGCAUGCGCGCUGGCUGUUUUCAGUUUCCUUUCGGGACCCGGCGGCAGUGCGAGACGUCUGCGCAGAGAAAGACGCCAGUGUGCUGAUGAGUCCAGGGGAUCACACAGUCUUCAUUACAACCUCACGGUGCUGUCCCGGGAUGGAUCUGUGCAGCCCAGCUUUUUCGCUGGGGGACACUUGGAUGGCCAGGCCUUCCUGCACUGUGACCGUGAGACAGGCAGGGUAGAGCCCCGGGGACUGUGGGCAGAAGAGCUGGGAGCUGAGACGUGGGACACAGAGUCCAAGGACUUGACAGAGACCUGGAAGGACCUCAGAAAGCUUCUAGCAGAAAUCCUGUCCCUGCAGGAGGAGAAAGGAGGUGUGAAUUCCCUCCAGGAGAUGGUGGGCUGUGAAAUCCAAGAAGACAACCACGCCUGGGGCUUCAGGUUUCUCUGCUAUGAUGGGGAGCUCCUCCUCUCCUGUCACCCAGAGACCCAGGGUUGUACAGUGCCCCAGUCCUUGGCUCGGAACUGGGCCAUGGAAAUGGAGAAGUUCGGGGACACAGAUAGCUUUCAAAGCAAGUAUUACUGGGCCCACGUGCAGGGAGAGCUUUGUGGAAGACUGCGGGGCUAUCUGGAAUCCUGGACAGGCUUCAGGGAGAGAACAGGGCCCCCAGCCGUGAACGUGACCCGCAGCCAGGACUCGGAGGGCACAGUCAACCUCACAUGCUGGGCUUUCGGCUUCUUUCCCCGGAAUAGCUCAGCGGCCUGGUUUUGGGAUGAGGAGCCCAUGAGGCGGGACACCCAGCAGUAGGGUGUCCUGCCUGAUGGGAACGGGACCUACCGGACCUGGGUGACCAUAAGGGUUCCCCAAGGAGAGGAGCAGCGGGUCCAGCGCCACGUGGAACACAGCGGGAAUCACAGUGCACACUCUGCGCCCUCUGGAGAGACCCUGGUGCAUCAGAGUCAGUGGCGGACCAUCCUGGGUGUUGCUGACUUUGCUCUUGUUUUUAUCAUCGGGCUUUGUGUCCUUUGCUGCACGAAGAAGAAGAAGAAGACAGCAUCAGCUGUGGGGAGCCCAGCCGUUAGCCUACAAGACCUGGAUCGAUGCCAGAUGGAGCCAAGUGACCAUAAUGGCCUCACACAACCGGGAUUUCAGUCCUUGUUGUCAGACCCUGUGUCCAUCAAUUCCACUGUGGAAGCUUAGAAUCUGCUGCCAGAGGCCUGAAUUCAGCUCCCUCUACUGGUCGUACUAGCACUUUCCCUUUUGUGUGUGUUCUGUUAUUUAUUUUAUUAUUUUAAAAUUAUUUUUAUUUUAAAAAAUUUAUUAUUAUUAUUUUUUGAGGUGGAGUUUAUUUACAAUAUAGCACUUUUCCCUCUUGAUGCCUCAGUUUCUUCAUCUAUGAAAUGAGAAAAACAGUGUUUAUUUCCAGUUGUGGUGGGGACGAUUAAAAGCGUUCAUAUAUGAGGUGGGUGCAGAUGCACUACACUAAUUACUAACUCUAUUUUUGUUUUUUUAUGUUAUAAUAGAAUACAUGGAUAAUAAUUCAAUUAUUACGAAUAAGCUUUAUCAGUAAGUUUCCUCACUGUGGCUUCUCCCAAAAUGACUAAUAGCAGCUUUCUGGAAACUUGAGGUUCCCUUCACACCCUGUCACACUUGUAUAUGCAUUACUUCAUGUCUGCAAUAUCUAUAUAAUUUCAUAUUAAAAGUUUUAAUUGCUCUUUAAAUGUACACGUCUGGUCUGUUUUAUUUCACGU